CUCCAGAAGAACUGUAGAAGAAGAAGAAGAAGAACAAAGUCUCCUCAGUCCCUAAACACUCUACCCAGAAACUAAAAAGAGAAAAAAACUCAAUUACUUUAUUUAAUUAUUUAAUUAAAGAUUGACGAAAAUGUCCUCAUCGUCAACAACAGAAACGGAGAGAAGAGGAAUACCGGGAGCUCAAUUUGUAGAAGAUGUACAAGUUUAUCUCAAUAAUUCUGGCUUUGAUGUCAACUCUGCCCUUUCAUUUCUCCAAGAAAGGCUUCAGCAGUAUAAGCUGGUUGAGAUGAAACUUCUUGCUCAACAGAGGGAUCUUCAGGCAAAGAUACCUGAUAUUGAGAAGUGCUUAGAUAUUGUUGCCACUUUACAGGAUAAGAAGGGCACCGGUGAGGCACUUCUUGCUGAUUUUGAGGUCUCUGAAGGCAUAUAUUCGCGGGCAAGCAUUCAGGAUACAGACUCGGUGUGUUUAUGGCUAGGAGCAAAUGUCAUGUUGGAAUAUUCCUGUGAAGAGGCCAUGGCUCUUUUGCAGAAGAAUUUAGAUAACGCUAAGGCUAGCUUGGAAGUUCUUGUAGCCGAUUUGCAAUUCUUGAGGGAUCAAGUAACAAUAACACAGGUUACUAUCGCUCGAGUCUAUAAUUGGGAUGUUCAUCAUCGUCGAAUGCAGCAAACUGCUGCUAUUUCUUCCUCAGCAUCAUAAAAAGAGUCUUCUGCAACUUAGAUUAAGAGGCGAUGAUGUAUGUUCCUGAUCUUUCAUUGUUUAAUUUUGGUUGAUGGAAUGUCCUUGUAUUUUUCUGAUAAUGCAAAUUUUGGUUCAUGGGGUUUGCGGAGUGCUGUUGAAAGUAUGAUUUGAUAUAGGAACUCUGUUGAAGAAGACGGAUUUUGUAUUUUUAAACAUGAUAUAACUUCUCAGUAUGAUGAGCAGCAAUGUCCUUAUUACCCUAGUA